AUGGACAUGAGUUCAAGUGACAGCACCGAGUGCAAGAUCUCGAUGUUGUUCAACUUUCACACAAUAGACGCCUGUUUCCUGUCGGCUGGGUGGCAGAUCCAGAAUAAUGGAAUGUUCGCUGCAACCUGUAUUGGGGUGAUUCUGCUCGUCAUUUUGGUCGAAUUUUGUCGUCGCAUGAGCCGCGAGUAUGACAACUUCUUAACCCGCCAGUUCCAGCGCCAAGCCGCACACGCCAUUGCCAAGACUCCCGAAUCCACCACGUUCACCAUUUCAUUCCGGGCGACACCGGUACAACAAUUGACUCGUGCUAUCAUCCACGCGGUGACAUUUGGCGGUGCCUAUAUUACUAUGCUCCUGGCCAUGUACUUUAAUGUUUACGUGAUCAUAUGCAUAUUUAUCGGAGCAGGACUCGGCAAGUUCUUCUGUGAUUGGAUGGUGGUUACGGUUGGCGUUGAUGAUGUGCAUGCAGCGCCGCAGAUGCAAGAAACAACCAUCUGCUGCGAUUGA